AUGACAGUUGAUCCCAGAUACAGAGGUGAGCACAUCUUCUCUCAAGACAAGAAGAACAUUACUUACUGCCUCUUCAAGAUGGUGAAAGACAGUGGCAACGGGAACUCUGAUGUUGGGUCAGAGACGUCACAAAGGUGCCGCCUGUCCUGCCUCGGUCCUCUGACCUUCCACCCUCAGGCUGUGGGAGACAUGGUCCGCCUGAGCCGGGGGUGUCGACGCGCAGACAGGAAGGAGGACACGUUCAAGAACGGCCUGGUGUUCAGCAGCCGCCCGCUGAAGAUCCAGGAGAGGAUUCGUCUGAGGGUGGAGAAAGAUCUGUUCAACUGGCACGGAGCUCUGCGUGUGGGCUUCACUAACGUGCCUCCCUCAGCCAGAUCUCUGCCUCUGCCCAUCAUGGCCAUCCCCAACCUCACUGACACCCAAGGGCACUGGGCUGCUCCUGUGCAUGAAUCCCACUGCCAAGCAGGUGUAGAGAUGGAGUUCUGGGUCUCUUCAGGAGGCACCAUAUACGUCUCAAGCAACAACGUCAAGGAGCAAAAGCUAGUGACAGGAGUGGAUCUCAGCCAGCCGCUGUGGGCCAUGAUAGACAUCUACGGAAAGACGUGCUCCCUCUCCCUCCUGGGCUCAACGAAAAAGGAGCUUUUUCGCACCAGACGGUCCUGUCCCGCACCUGAACGCCUCCCCUCACCUGAUGUUGACAACCACUGCACUUUGAUUACUGAAGUCUCAAGCCGCUAUAGAAACAGUGAUGAGUGCAUCUCCGGUGUAGAAGUCCCAGCUGAUGAAGGCAGUGGAUGUGUGGUCUGCAUGGAAAAAGAGUCAAGGAUCACGCUACCGUGUGGGCAUCGGUGUUUGUGUAACCAGUGCGCUUCCAAAUUCUUCCAGAAGUUUGACACCUGCCCGCUGUGCCGACACACGAUCGGAGCUUUAUCAGUGGACGGGGGGUGUGCCUCUGUCCUGCUCUGAGCUCUAAGCCAGCAAGCAGGAAUCACCAAACAGAAGCUACUGAGAGACUUUAACAAAUGAAAACACUGAAGACAAUGAAACAUAACGCUGAAGCAGGAAUCUGAACUAAAGCCAGUGAAUACGGCUGGUGUUAGCUUAAUAUGACUAUGAAUAAUGUAUCAUAUCUAUCACAGAAAUAGAAUUCAAUGAGUGAAAAUCUGACAAAAUCAUAUCAAAUGAUCAUGUAAAUAAUUGUGUGAAACUUUACUGCUUGAAAAUUGCACUUUUAUUCGAUUGUUAAAUCAGGAUAAAGCCAAGCAUGAAACCAAAUGUUGUUUGCACCCUGAGCCCAAAGUGAAAUGUCAUUUACAUUCCCUGCACUGUAUAUUUUGCUUUGUUGAUGUUGUAAAUAUGAAAUCAAUUUUUAUAUUUGUAAAGUUAUUUUUGUAAGAAAUAUAUAUAUAUAAAAAAAAAAGUUGUCUUUUCUAUUCUUA